CAUCGAAAAUCGGCAGAAAAAAACGAUGAAUUCUAUGAAUAAUUUAAAACUUAAUAAAACAGUAAAAAAAAUAGAUGGGUCUUCAUUAUAUGAUAAUUAUCAUGUGCACGCAAGCAGCGCUUGGAAUGUGCUAUUAAAACAACGACGGAAAAUAGGACACCAUUUGAGCGCCAUGGCAACCACAGUCAACAAUAAUUGUUUAAUUUGCAUUAAACCCCAUUACCCCAUUUUUACAAUUGGUUCAUUCGAAGGGUUUAUAAAAAAAAAUUCCUUCAAUAAAUGACACAUUCUAUUAGUCAAUUCAAAAGGAGGUAAAUUCUAAGCUAAAAUACAAUCAAACAAAAGUUUUAGAUUAGAAGGGAAAAACACGAAAUGAAAUCAUUACUGAGCUUUUCAAAAUCGAACUUACCAUGACAACUAGUCAAUAAUGUUGUCAACGAGCCUAAAUAGAAAACUCUUCACAUUGGUGCAAUCAUUUCUGUUUUGUCAGUUCAGAAGAUAGCCCGUUCGUUCUAGCGAAAUUAUUCCAAAAUGAGCAAACUAGAAGAUUUACUUGGUAAGAAAAAGGAAGUGGUUCCUGUACUCGAUUUGUCUAAACAAAUUGUCAAUUCGAAAGAAGAGUAUAAGCGAUUGUUUGAAAAGGUGCCUGAUUAUAAAAUGCGACCCAUUAAGGUACGACCAGAAGAUAUCAAGAUUAAAGAUCCAGAUAGUGGAUUGUUCAAACCAACCAAGAAGGAAACCAAUUAUCUACUGCGUCACAACGGAGAACGUGAGCGCCAAUAUACGUAUCUCGAUCCGAUACCAGCUGAAAUGCGCUCAUUGAAGAUCAAGGAACUAUGCACAGUUCCCAUCGACUGGAAAAUGUUGACCACGCUACGACCAAAAACUAAAAUCGAAGAAGAAUAUUACAGCAAGCUAAUUGAACUGGGCAAACUACAAAUUCGAACGGAGCAGCGUAAUAAACGUGAAUAUCUGUUGAAUCCGGCGGUGAAAAAAGUCAAAAAUAAAUCCGGGGUGGUUGAGAUGCGUCCAAUGACGUGUGCAGAAUGCAGCGAAGAAUAUUGCAACGGUAAAAAUUGCAUUGAAUUCAAUUAUGAUUUGUACACCAGAAUCGUACCGAAAGAUACGGCAAAAGCCAUUACCACUAAGACAUCGAUUGAGAAAGAAUCGGGUGGCGGGAAAAAGACAAAAAAGAAAUCGAAAUCCUUCGACCUGGGAAAAGGGAAGAAAACACGCAACCGUAGCAAGAGUCCAAAUAAAUCAAAACGAAAAUAGAAUAUUCGACUCAAUAAAUAAAUGAAUAAAUGUUUAUUCGGUUC